AUGGACAAGCAGGUCGAAAGGAACAAGAAGAAGAAGGACAAGGGAGGCAUAAAAAGGAAAAGGAAUAAGUACGAGUCUCGAUAUACAAGUUCCACCAGGCUUCAAGUACACCCCAAUUCCCAAACCCUCUUCGCUUUGAUGUUAGCUUCAAUUUCAAACAGCUACUUGCACAAUAUACCUGAUUCUGAACCCAUCUUAAUCCAGUGCUUGAAGCAACUUCGUCUCUCUCUCCUUUUCACUGCCCCCAAACCCAAUACCCACGAGACCCUCUUCGUCCCCAUCCUCUCGUUGCUUCCAGUUCUUCUAAAAUCCAGUUGUGCUGAGAUUGCAUGUAGAAGUGCAGAGAUUGUGGGGGCAGCAUCGCUGUAUUCAUAUGGGAUGAAUGCACAAAUUGCUUUGGAUGGCGAAAUUGUGAUGGGUUUGAUCUCUACAUUGGGAAAUUCUAAGAGGAGUGUAUCAAUGGCUGCCUGUAAUGCUGUUCUGGAUCUUUCCACAACGUCCUUCGGAAGACAACGGCUGCUGGAAUUCUCCGCGUUGAGAAUCUCAUUCACCUACAAUGCACCCUUCUUCGAUUGCCUGAAAGAGUGUGGCGGUGGGUCAAAGGUGGAUACAUCGACUCCGAGGUGGUGUACCGAG